UCCUCCCCUGCGCAUUCAGCACCCCUGACAAACGCCAACAGUGCACACUGACCUCUGGCCCUCAGACAUGAACAUCGGCUCGUAACCCACUAGUGAGCUCCAAGUCCAGCUCAGACUCCCAGCCUCCAUCGUCCUCUCGUACCUCCGCAAGACUGACCAACCACAGGGUGAGAUUGCUGAAAGUUCGAGAAAUCCACACCGUCACAUCUCCCACGGAGGGAAGAAGACCUCCUGUCCUCUCUUCUCCCUUGCUGGACCGAGCUGAGGAUGGGCAGGGCUCUCUGUAUUGUCACUCCUUUUGUGGGGCUGUUCGGCACUGUGGCAGGGCAGCAGGACUGUCCUGCCUCCUGCUUCCACCUGGAUACAGGCGCUGCGGUGGGCAUCAUCGUGGGUGACAUCAUUCUCACCCUCCUCAUAGCCCUCUCUGUCUACUGCUUUGUCUCCCGUCAGAAGAAGAACCGCCUUGAAGCCCUGGAGAGUAAAGGGAAAACACAUGCAAGCUCGAAGAGAAAGAAGCCAGACCUAGAGUCAACCUAUCAGGAGCUUCAGGGGGUGCAGAAUGAUGUGUACAGUGAUCUCAGGCAUCUUGAAAAAUGAUACCCCUUCAGGUCAACUACCCAGCUGUGUAUGUCUUUAUAAAACUCCCUGAAUGUCCACACCCUCACCAGACCUUGACAGAGAACAUGGGGAUACUCGUCUCUGAUUUACACUGAGGUUGUGUAAUCAUCUGCUACGCUGUGGCUGUGGUACACAUUCAAAAAAAAAGUCAUAAGUUGUUAUGUAAUAAGAAGAAUGUCUUGGUGGAGGGUAAAGACUUGAUAAAGACCAACUGGUUCAGUCAUAAGCUCUGUAAACGUGGUGAUCUAAUUUGAAAAAGGAAAAAAAACUGCAAAGAAUAGAUUUUCAUCAUGUCA